GGCUUCCACAAGGCUUAAUAUCUUUGGCUAUGCAAUCAUCUUCAUGUCACUUCACUUUGUUGCAUAUUCUCUUCAAGAUUUAGAGAAGACGGUGAUAUCAUCCAAAAAUAAGAUUGAAGAAGAAGAAGGGGCCAUGUUUUCUCAACCAGAAAAGGCAACUUUGAAUGUAGCUCCCUUCAGUUCUGAAGUGGGGGUAAAGGGCAGAGUAAUUGGUGGGAGAAAGGUGGCUAAAAUGGUGAACAAAGAACACAUAAACAACGAAGAAGCCGCUUCAAAGAAAGCUUCUUCUUCUUCAAGUGAAACCCCUAGUAAAUGUGAUCAUAAACCACACAAGAGAAGCAAGAAGAUAGAUCAUAAUGUUCAUCAAGUCGAAGGCAAAAUGAGUUCAACAUUCAUGGUUAUCAAUGCUGAUUACCAUGUCCCAAGAUCUCACCCGCCCAAAAAUAACUGACACUACUAGAAACUGGGUAUUUGUGGCUGCAUUCUGGUCGCAAAUCGGUUGCAAAUGCCCAUUUGUUUAGUAGUUUUUUCUUCACAUACAUAGGAUCAAUGACUACUAAAAGGGAAGCAAUUUUGUAGCACUAGUCCUCCCUUUCAUUAAUAUAACUGUAUGUUACCAUACAUAUAUACAACUAGCUAGGAUUAAA